AGAGACGGCACUGUGGUCUCAAUUAGGUGGGGGGGUUUUAAAAGUGGAGGACAGACAAAAGUUUGACACACUUAAAACAAAGACCACAGCAACUGUGAGCUGAAUUAUUUUGGGCAGCCUUGGAAGGAGCAUCUCUGCACAUGCAUGUGGUGUUGCAUGCGGAAAAGAACGGAGAAUUCAUGACUUAGUCGGCUCCACUGACAACUCUGGAUAUUGAAGAGAAGAAGCAGCAAGAGAGCAGAGCUGCAGGAAGCCAACAUACCAGCAUACCACCACUCAACAGAUAAGGCUUCGGGAGGGAACCUCCACAGACCUCUUUCAACAUCAACCAAGAAAGGAGUGAAAAAGAACAGCCGAAAUAAAAAAAAAAGACUAAAGGAACUCUCCUGAAGUGUGCAGGGAGUACGUAUGCCUGGAGGACUGACUGGUCUGCAGUGGUUUUGCAAAGAAGUCACAAAAGCAGAACAAUCUGGAGGAGGAACAGCAAGAGGUCCACCGGGCCCCACAACACAAUUUCACUAUGAGUAUGACCGGUACUCUAGAGAAGGGAGCCCACCACCAGGCCUUGGAUCUGUCUGAGGAACUGCCGCCUCAUCACCUCCAUCACCACACCAACCACCACCAGCACCUCCACCACUCCAACUCUCUGGCCUCCACCACUGCUAUGGGUGGAGGCAGAGAAACACCUUCGCGUGUGGUCAUACCUCCUCCGUAUUCGGCAGCCGAGAGCGGAGGCGGGGGAAGCGAAGCCCCUCUGGAGCUGCGGGGGUCGCUCGACUGCUGGGCCUGCUCGGUGCUGGUGACGGCUCAGAACUUGGUGAUUGCCGCGAUCAACGCCUGCCUUGCUGCAGUUGUGUUUGGGACCAUCCUGGUACCAGCCAUCGUCAUGGUUGUGUUUGGCUUCCUCUGCCACUCUACAGUCCGCCCUCACGGGACGACGCCCUACUGCUCAGACCUGCUGACCGACGGAGGCUGCGUGGCUUUGCUGGUGGUGGGCUUCCUCUUGGUCACCCCUCUGCUGGUCCUGGCCCUGGCCGCUUACUGCCGCCUGGCCCGACACCUCCAGCUGGGCCUGUGCUUCAUCCCAUACAGCCGGGCCGUGUACAAGAACCUGCCGGCCACACAGCAUCGCGGCAUCGGCACCGGAUGCUGCGGCGGUCGAGACGGAGCCGACAGCAGCGGGAAGGGAAAGGUCUGGGUGUGAGACGAAGGUGGGAUAGGGAAGGGGAAGAGAGAGAAAAGCGGUGAGGAUGACCAUCAGCUGUAUAUAAAGGGAAGUGAACACGAGAAUGAGGUAGAAGGUUGUAUAGGAUGACUAAAGCUGGGGGUGUGAGGAAACGCUAUAUGUGUACCAGAGAAUGGAGGAAGUUGUAAAUAACAGUUACUACACAACAACCAGCUGGACAUCCUGGAAGGGAAGUUACAUAAUGACUAAUGAAUUUUUCCCAAGUGUUAACAUCAGAGCAGCAUAAUAGAUUGUUGAGAAAAAGAGUCAGCAUGGCGCUCUAAGGAGUUUUUGUUGGUAUUAUUUCACUGGACACAUUAGUUUGAUUAUCUCUACAGUUACAAUAUGCUGUCUUUGACAAUGAGAAAAAAAAUGAUCACAAACAAAAGAUGCAUUUUUCACGCAAGAUACAGAAGUGAGUAUGCCCCUGUGCAAUGUCAAUUAAAUGUUACAUUAUUCACAAUUUCAUAACCUCUCAGUAAUCACAGUAUUUCUAGUGUUUUGUCUUUUGAACAUAUGGAAAACACAGUCCUCAAAGUAAAAACUAAACAGUGCAGAAGUUACAAAUCUGUGAUCUCUGGAACUAAAUUGAGCGCACUUUGUUGUUCAACACUAGAAAAUGCAACUUUGUUUAAUGUUAUGAAAGUCUGGCUCAGAUAGGGUUCAGUAUGCUUGGCGUAAACCUGCCUAGGACUACCACAGUGAAUGCAUAGUCCUGACAGUGAAGUAUGGAGGUGGCAGUGUGCUGAUACUGGUCUGCAUGAGUGCAAAAGGCGUUGCAAAAUCACAUUUUUAGAUGGCAACCAUGAAUGUCUGUGGAUAUACCAAAACACUGGCUGAAAACACAACUCCUAAGCCUGCCGAAGUUUGGCACAAAAGGGAUAUUCCAGCUAUUUUUGACAACAAUCCAAAACACACUUAGAAACUCGUGUGAAAGUUUCUAAAGAAGAAAGAGUGAAAACUGACCUGGCCAAGUGUGUCACCUGAUUUGAAUCCAACAGAAUCUUUAGUGUGUUUUAAAGGAAAGGCAGAGCAAUGCAACACUUUCAGCAAACAUCAACUAAAAAAACAACAACAUACAAAUACAAAAUUUGAAAAAAUAAAAGAUUUCAAAGUCAGAAAUCAAAGCGUACUGACUUAUGUUGCAUUGAGUUCCUACUGUGGGGCCUGGUGUAAUUUAAUCUAGCCUGUUAUUUUUUAAUUCAAUUGCUGUAGGGUGACAUAUUCUGAUUAAUUUGACAUUUAACUGAUACUGUAUAGGGAUGCACUCACUUCUGUUGUGAACUGUGAAUGCCCAAAUCAUAUGCAAGCUGAGUAACAUAGAGAAAACAAAGAGCGUCAAGUCAAUAAAUGACUGUAACUCUGUAAAUCAGCAAUAACUUAAAAUACCCGGACAUGCCUAACAAGUUCUGACUGCUGGGGAUAAAGAAAAGAGCUAAAUUUGAUACACUGAAGUUGUCAAAAAUACAACCAGAUGUGCAUACAAACUUAACUUUCCUGGAUGAAACAAAGGAAAUAGGAAAUCUGAAAAUAGCACAUCUCACAAAGGCUGGACUUUCACUCAAUAUAACUCUAUCUUAUCACAUUUAUGUUAUUAUGAAAACAUGUAUUUUUCUAGGGUAGUUUUCUUUUUAGCUGCUGCAAACUGUGAUUACAAUCCCAUGUAUUAUUUGCUUUUUAUAAAUAAAGUUUUGGGAUUUUGUUGA